AUGCUCCCCAGUCUACGCAUAGCAGAUGUCGUGCUGCUCCUCCUGAUCACCCAGACCGCGCAGGCCGGCCCAUUAAGACGUGGUGAGAGGUAUUUCCGGAGGGAGUGGAACACAACCUACAGUCAAAACGUUGCUGCUUCAUCAGACAGUCUAUCAUCCUCAACAGAACCAAGCAGCUCUGUUGCCCCGCCGGUAACACAGCAAGACCAAGAUGGGACCACGCCGACCCCAAUCUUCGUCACCCUCGACGGCUCGUCAACGAGGACCUCGGCCGCAACAACACAGCCUGUGGACCAGAGUCCUUCUACGACACCGGUCGAGUCUACCGUAGAGACGCAGACGAUACCGACCACAACCUCGGCGGUCUUUCUGCCUCCCAUGGACAGCACCAUCUCCCUGCCGCCCUACCUCACCUCCGGCUUCCAGAAUGUGUCGUCCGUAGUACCUGGUAACACGGCCUCUGCUUCAGCCAGUGUCUCGGAGAGUCUAACAGUCACUCCACAUCUCGGCGGACCUCCAAGUGCUUCCUCUUCCGCUUCCCCCGGUACACCGCUGCAGUCUUCCCUCUCAUUCUCGUUUCCCGUCCCAGGAGAGACCUCAGUAGCAGAGUCACAAACCACAGCUGAAGUCCCCCCUUCAUCACAUGCUUCCACAACACCCACCACAGCAUCAACAACCCUCCCAAACCCCCAACCCUCUCCAGAAACCCCCUCCUCCCUCCCAACAACCACGUCCUCACCCCCCUCAUCAACACUCCAACCCCAACCGCAAGUAACAGGAACACCAAACAACCAAGUCCCCACAAUCCGCACCUCCACCCCAUCCGCAACAGCAACAAUCUCCCCCGCCGUGGCCGCCAACAACCUCGCCUCCGCAAAGACCUUCAACACCCUCUUCGCCUCGCUAACAGAGCAAUCCGCCUGCACGGCCGGCCAAAUCGCCUGCGUCAAGGGCAACGUCGGCAUCUGCGGAGCCAACGGCGGCGCCUUCGCGGUACAGAGUUGCGGGGCGGGGACCUCGUGCUUCGCGCUGCCGAUGACGACGACUGAGGGCGUGAUUGUCGGGUGUUAUGAUCCCCAGGUCGCGAGCCAGAUCCUGGGCACGCCGGUCUCUGCGUCUGCUUCUGUGCCUGGUUCGACGACGUCUACGACUGCCACUGCGGUCCCGGCGCCGCCGUCGGCGUCUUCUGACCUCGGGUACGAGACUACUGUCACGAUCACGCCUACCGUGAUCGCGACGUAUACCAUCUCGGUGACCGCAACAGGUGCCCCAGGAACAACAUCCGCAGGUCAGGCCUCGGGCUUCACGACGACCGUGGUCGUUACCCAGACCGUGGCCCCGGCUCCCGCGCCGUCGUCGACAUCAGCAGAAGGAGAAGAUCCAACCACGUCGACGUCUACCCAUAAAACGCGCACCUCAACAGUGGAAGAAGAGACCUCCAAGACUGUACACUCCAGCACAGCCAAAUCCACCAACAUAGAGUCAUCAGUCGCAGAGACCACAACAACAAAAGCAGCAAGCUCAACAACCAAAGCAAGCACCCCCGUGACAUUAACGGGAACGUUUACCGACACCCUCAUCGUGAACCCCAUCCCGACGGACGCCCCCUCCGCCGCCGCGGACGCGCCGAGCCCGAUUACUACGCCGAAACCUCUUUCGAUGCCGGCCGUCGGUGCUCAGCAGGGUGUGUCCGUCUUGACGGUGUUUGUGACUGUGACCGAGAAAGAGAAGGAGACUGUCACUAUUACGGUGACUAGGAGCUGA